GGCACUGAUAAUCUAGCCACUCUUCGUUGGUUCGUACGCAGCCAGUCCGCUUUAGAGUUGGUUAGUCGUUCAGUCUCUGGUCAUCCCACAGCCUCUGCUCCGUUCAGACACCACCACUCUCACCACACAGCAGCAGAGAGCGAGUCAAGCAGCAGCAACACCCACACACGCACAUACUCAGCAACACCCACGAGAGACGUUUAGUGGCGGAAGGUCGAGCCGUGUGUCAGCACCAUGGCGGGGGUGGCGACGGCAGUGGCCAAAGGUAUGGGUACCCUCUUCUACGCGGUGAGUCCCAACGAGACCACCUUCCAACAUGUUGAGGAUGUGCCCAACUACACGAACGAGGCGGUGCCCUUCUUCGUGGCCUUCAUCCUGCUGGAGUGGCUGGUGACGCACUUCAAGGGAGAGAAGAAGAUAAGAGCCAACGACAUGUACACCUCAGUACUGCACGGGGUUGUGUACGACGUGAUUGGCAUGGUGGUGGUGAGCUUCAACCUGUUUGGCUACGAGUGGUUGUACGAGAGGCGUCUCCUUGACCUCAAUUGGUCCUCUCCGGUCACCUGGUGGGUCGCCGCCCUCGGGGUUGAUGGGUACUACUGGUUCCACAGAGCCACCCACGAGGUGAACCUGGUGUGGGCGAGUCACCAGGUGCAUCACUCCUCGGAAGAGUACAACCUCAGCACGGCACUGCGGCAAUCCAUAUGGCAGCGGUACUUUUCCUUCGGCUUCUACCAGCCCCUGGCCCUCCUCGGGGUGCCGAUGCCCGCACUCCUGGUCCACCUCCAGUUUAACUUAGUCUUCCAGUUCUGGAUUCAUACACAAGUGGUUGACAACUGCGGACCGUUGGAGUGGAUUCUCAACACGCCGUCACACCAUCGCGUUCACCACGGAGCGAACAAGUGGUGCCUGGACAAAAACUACGCCGGGGUCCUUAUCAUCUGGGACCGCUUGUUCGGUACCUUCCAAGCUGAGCGGCGCGACGAGAAGAUUGCGUAUGGUUUGGUGGACCAGCCGCAGUCCCACAAUGUGUUGUGGCUUCAGGUGUUCUACAUGAGGGAGGUGUUCCGUAAGGCACGGAGCAUGACCACAUGGGGAGACACCUUCAGGGCGCUCUUCUAUGGUCCCGGCUGGUUCCCUGGGACGCCGCGCCUCGGGGACCCAGACACCUUCCCCGACGUGAAGGCCCCCCGAGUGAAGUACAACCCUGAGCUCCCUCGCUGGCAGGAGAUAUACGUGCUGAUCCACUUCAUCAUCAUCCUCCUCCUUCACCAAAAGUGGAUCACCAAGCUAGCUAGCUUCUCGUGGGUGUCAGCACUCGUGUUCAUGGCGUUCAUGUUCGUGUCGGUGGGCAUCAUUGGCGCCAUGUACGACGGGUGGUGGUGGGCGCCCCUGGUGGAGGCCGCCCGCUGCAUCGCUUACAUCGCCUACGCCCGCAGCGCCCCAGUCAUCGGGUUUCAUUUUCUGGACUCCGCCAUCCUUGUCUACUUCGCAGUGUCCGCCCUCAUCUGGACCUCGCAGAGUCUCGCAGUGGUGAAGGCGUCUGUCAAGGCGGCAAAACUGGAGUAAUAGUGUGUAGGACUGUAUACGUGUAGGUAACACUCUCCGAUGCUCUCUGAUACUGUUACUCCUCCCCGCCAAGCAUUCGAAGACCAGUGAAGACCAGAGCCAUCAACGAAACCUGAUGAUUGAUAAAUAAACGAGAGACCUGUUUUGUUUACGGCUGCUGUUGUUAUUACUGUUGUUGAUUAUGUUAUUUUUUUCCUUCUCCUCCUCCUCCUCUCCUCCUCCUCCUCCUCCUCCUCCUCCUCCUCCUCCUCCUCCUCCUCCUCCUCCUCUUCCAAACAAUAAUUUCUAACUGAUGCAACAACACUAAUGGCGGGGGACGUGUCGGGCAACUGUACUGCUCUGUUAUAGCCACGCAGGAAACAGGACCAUUAUUGAAUUACUCCUUAACG